AUGGGCGAAGAAGUAUUGUUGUUUGGAGUGUGGGCAAGCCCUUUUAGUUGCAGAGUAGAGAUAGCUCUGAAAUUGAAAGGAGUCCAAUACAAAUACUUGGAAGAAGAUCUUGACAACAAGAGUCCUUUGCUUCUCAAAUACAAUCCCAUUCACGGGAAGGUUCCCAUCCUCGUACACAAUGGAAAGCCUAUUUUGGAGUCCGAUGUAAUUCUGGAAUACAUUGAUGAGACCUGGCCAGGCUAUCCCAUUUUGCCCAAAGAUCCUCAUGAGAGAGCCAUUGCACGUUUCUGGGCCAAGUUCAUAGACGACAAGUGCACGCCCGCGUUACGGAAAGCUUGUUGGGGUGGAGAGAAUGGACGUGAGAAGGCUGUAGAAGAAGCAUCUGAGCUUCUAAAGUUUAUAGAGGAAGAGCUUAAGGAAAAAAGGUUCUUUGGAGGAGAGAGUAUUGGAUUGGUAGACAUUAUUGCUAACGUCAUCGGCUUUUGGCUUGGAGUUUUUGAAGAAGGAUCGGGGGUAGAGUUGUUAACGAGAGACAAAUUUCCCAAGCUUUGCAACUGGGUGGAUGAGUAUGUGAGCAGCAGUAUUAUCAAGGAAAAUCUACCUCCUAGAGACAAACUGGUUCCCUUUUUACGGAAUCGCUUUGGGAGUGCUAAUGCUUCCAAAUAG